GCGCUGUGGACAGAAGAGAGCGCGGCCGAUGGAAGAAACACACGGCAACAACUGAGUGUGGUUUGGAUCAUGUCAAACUUAGAAUCGACUCUGAACAGUGUUUGAUCUGAAACAUCAGACGGAUUCUACUAGACAUGAUGUGGAAAUUAUGGCUGGCCACCUUAGUGCUGGCCGUCACCAUUGGUGGAAUAAGUGGCUAUUUUCCGGAGUUGAGGUCAUCUCUAGGUUUCUCAAGCCCAGAUGGAGGCCGGGAAGUUAGAAGGAGUGGCCCCUACAUCGAUAUCGUUCUCAUCCUGGACGAUUCCUCCAGCAUCGCGCCGAAUGUGUUCCACAACACCCUGGCGUACUUGGUCAAGUUCAACGGGUGCAGAACCUACUUCGAAACUCGGGUUGGAGUUAUUGUUUCUAACUGCGCACCGAGGACAGAAGUUCCCCUGGGCCGGUUCACGAUGGGUGACGAGAAACUAACAACCGCCCUGGGAUCCAUACAGCGGCAGGGAGGACUGAGCCGACCCGGCCCGACUAUUCGCUACAUGAUGGACACGUCUCGUUUCUAUGAUGGGGUUCAUCCAGUGGCCGUAGUCCUGACAGACGGGUUUAUUCAAGGCGAGGAUGAUCACACAGCAAACGCUGCAGCAGCCAGAGCCGCCGGGAUCACGAUGUACAGUGUGGGAGUCGGAGACCGUGUGGACAUGGGUGCGCUCAAUGACAUCGCCGGUGACGCCAGCAGAGUUUUCGACGACAGCGAUCCUUGCGAUCUCUAUCGCAAAAUAACUGCGGAUUUUGGUAAAGACUUCCAAAUCCACGGUGGUGACGACAGUGGUUCCAUCAGCCGUGGUGACGUCAGGGCCCGCAGUGAGAGCGAGAGCCCACACAACUGGUACCGCAGACACCGGUGGGAAAUGAGCGGCCUGCAGUGGCAGCAGGGAAGGAUCCAGUGGCCGAAACCGGGGUCUCGCCAGAAACUGCCAAAGCGCCGCGGGCAACAGUGA